AUGGCAUUGAUUCAUCGUUAUACAACUGACUUUUCAACUCAUGCUAUCCCUCAUUAUCAAACCAAUGAUAAGCAAACAUUCGUUUCGCAGGUGGCCAACGAUAUCUCAUCAAUCAAGAAACAAGAUGACGAUGAAAAACGUUACUUGCAUUCAUUGAAUGAUCGUCUCGAAGAAUUUCUGCAUGGUCUAGAUGCUUUAGAAUUAGCAAAUAAGAAAUUAUGUGAUGAACUGAAUUAUUUAAUCUCCAGUUGGGGAAUGGGCGGAGAGAAUCGUACUCGAUUUCUCGAAGAACUCGACCAAAUGACUCGACAUCUCUCGGAACAGAGUCGACAAAAGGCGAUUUUUCACGCUGAAACGAAAGUUUUUGAAGAACAAGCCUUACUCACCGAUCGUGUUACUGCUGUUUUCCUCGAUGUCCGUCGUUUGUACGAAGACAGGCGACAGUUCUUGUUAGACUAUCUUCGUCAAUUAGAAGAUGAAUAUCAUAAAAUUCAAAUUCGACUGGAACUCAGUAAUGGUCAAGUGAAAGCCCAUGAUGAUGAUUAUCAAAAGGAACUCGCCAAAUUUCGUUCUUAUCUAGCGGAAUGGUCGCAAAUCGCGCUGGACCGACAGAAACUAUUAAUUGAAAUACAAUCACUUCGAGAACAUUAUAAUCUUCGUCUAGCAUUCAACCAAGAGGAAAUCAAUGAAUGGAAACGGUUAUUGAAUCAAAUCACCCAAGAUUCGACGAAUUUCUAUCGAGAUUACUUAGAAACGAUCAAACAACAAAUAUAUGAUGAUUAUGCCAAAAUGGCGAAAGAACAGCAGAUGGAUAUCGAAGCGGAGAUGAAAACGCGAUUGAAUGAAAUUCAAGAGAAGAUUAAAAUGGGUUUAUUAGUUGAUGAAAACGAUGAACGACAUCGUCGGGAGGAGAUGCAUCGCUUCGAAACUCGUUUGAACGAGUAUACAAAAGAAUACGAUCAUCUUCAAUCUGAUCUCCGCACCUUAGCCGAGGAAAACAAACGAAAACGACGUCUAUUACAAGAUUUAGAGAAUGAAGCACGAAACAAAACGCGUAAGCAUGCCGAACAGCAUGCACAAUUGCAAAAAGACACUGAUCUAAUACGUGCGGAGUACUAUGCGUUGAAAGACGAAUUAGAUAAAUUAGUUUACACACUUCGAUUCAGUAUCGAAGAAGAAUUGAAGAUUUACGAAGCACUAUUGAAUUCUUUACAUCGACAAAAAGGUCCACGUCCAUCACUAAAUGUCUCCACGAACAUCCGACAAACCAAAACGACUGACCGCAAUUUGUAUGGUAUCGAACGCGAUAUCUUAAAUCAAAAUCAAAUCACGACAACAACGACAGCACGGACAACUAAACGCUCAACUCAGGAACACGAUGGUAAACAACAAAUUAAUAUCAAUAUGACACGAGCACAACAAGAAACGUCUGAAUUGAAUGAAAAGUAUAUGCAAAGUAAAAUCCAUAUCACAAGGAAAUAUAAAGGAAAUAUUUUAAUUAAAUUUGUCGAUGUUGGCGGACGCUUUGUUGAUAUUGAAAAUACCGGUAAUCAUCCACGGGAUUUGACCGGAUGGUACAUUGAACGUGAAGUUGACGGACGACGGCUUCACUAUGUUUUCCCAACAUUCGAACUCAAACCACAUGGUACUGUUCGAAUCUAUGGAAACUAUCAUCAACGAUCUUCGCCGGUACCUGACGGCGAGUCUUAUCAACAAUUAAUCGCAUCGAAUAUUCGUGAUUGGGAUACAGGGCAGAAAAUGCGUACGGAACUCUUCAAUCGUGACGAUGUUGGUAAAGCAUUAUUUGAACAAAUCAGAAAAGAAUGA